AUGGCGCCAUGUACGACACGCGCAGGGGCAACUAGCUCGAGGGCAGACAGCUCGUGCGGGGCGACGAGCGUGGCAGUCACGGUCUCGUGGGCGCAGAGCACAGCAAGGAGGACGCUCGACCGGGUGGCACACUACACGCUCGGCCAAGCUACGCACCCGGACUCUGAUACACCUAAGCCGAAGCUCAGGAAGGAGAGGGGCUUGUUUACUAGUGCUCACUGCAUAGAACAUGGGAUGAAAAGGAGAAGGCGAGGAGCUAAAUGGUGGAUUCACGGUGUUUGCUCCAAAUGGUCACAUAAUGGUACUUUCCAGUUACGAGGAUUGUUUCGAUGGGAGGGUUACCUUGCCACCACUAAAAGAACCUCCAAGUUACCUUGCAAGUUUAUUGGUAGUAGACGGGGCAAAAGUUCAGCAAACUACCAACAGAAUAUCAGAUCUUACAACUCCAUGUUUGCAUUCACAUCAAUGGGAGGGACUGUCGACAAAAACAUAAACAAGGGGCGUGGACCUUAUGUUUUCCGACUGAAAGGCCAGAACUACCACCGCAUAGGCACUUUGCUACCUCAUGAAGGAGACAAGCCUCGCUUCCAACAAUUAUACAUCUAUGAUACAGCGAAUGAGAUCCAUAAUAGGCUCCAAGUGUCAAGAUCUGGUGAAUGUAGUGCCCCUCUAGAUGAAAGCAUUAUCACGGGCCUCGUAACCAUGCUCAACGAGAACAACACACUGUCAAAGAUCCCGCCGAAGGAAGCCACGGACGUGACAUCGUACUUGAGUAUAAAGAUGAGGCCUAAAAGGAUACCAGAACUCCACCCAAAAUUUAUGGCCAUGCAAUACCCGUUGCUUUUCCCGUAUGGAGAAGAUGGUUUUAGACCUGGCAUAAGAUACAGAGCAAACGGUGCAAGGAAUGGCAAGAAAUACAUCACCAUGCUGGAAUACUAUGCAUAUCGCCUCCAACAACGCUCUGAUCAAUCGAUGCUGAUGCUGAUGUGCGGAAAUCUGUCAAUGCAGUUCCUAGUUGAUGUCUAUGCAUGCAUCGAACAAUCCAGGCUUGAAUGGGUAAGAAAGAAUCAAGGAGCUCUAAGAACAGAACUUUUUUCUGGGUUAAGAGAUGCAAUCGUAAAAGGAGAUACAAGAACAGAACAAGUUAGGAGGAGGAGACUACUUCCAGCAAGUUUCGGAGGAAGUCCCAGAUGCAAAGAGCAAAACUACCAAGAUGCAAUGGCAAUAUGCCGUUGGGCUGGAUACCCCGACUUGUUUGUAACAUUCACAUGCAAUCCUAAGUGGCCAGAGAUCCAGUGCAUGCUUGAUGAAGCUGGGAACCAGCAGAAGCCAGCAGCACGACCUGAUAUUGUAGUUCGAGUGUUCAUGCUAAAACUGAAGGAAUUAAUGACGGACAUUAAACAGAGGCGGCAUUUCGGAAAGACGAAAGCAAAGAGGAUGGAGACAAACAAAGAGUAUGAGGAUGCCAGGGAAUUAACAUACUCAGAAUUCCCGACCAAAUGGACAUGGCAUGCCAAAGAAAAGCAAUGGGCAAGACGAAAAAGGGGCAAGAAAAUUGGCCGGAUCUACAAUGCUCACCCUGUGAGUGGAGAAAGGAGUGGAUCAACUGCAUCAAGGAAGCAUCCAGAUGGGCGUCUGGGAUGCAACUACGGCAAUUAUUUGCAACCAUUCUGCGGCAUUCUGCAGAGGACUGCGGAAUUUGCAAAGUGGAUACUACAAAUUGGUAAUGGAGACACGGUUUCAUUAGAUGAGGAAUGGGUUACUAUCCCCAGUGACCUGUUGCUACAAAAAGGAGAUGAUCCAAAAGCAAAAAUCAUUGAAAGCACCUACCCAGGCCUGCACGAUAACUGCUGCGAUCAGAAGUUCCUAGAAGAAAAUGCAAUAUUGUGUACAACAAAUGAGGAUGCCAAAGAAAUCAACGAGUAUGUUAUGGAACAAAUCCAGGGUGACACAGUGAGUUAUCUGAGCAGUGACAGCGUGUCCAAAUCGAUGUACUACAACCAUGAAAUGGAGCAUCAAUAUCCAACUGAGUUCCUCAACACCUUGAAGCACUCAGGAAUUCCAAACCACCAGCUCAAACUCAAAGUUGGCCUGCCGGUGAUGCUUCUUCGUAACGUCAACCAAACAGCGGGGCUGUGCAAUGGUACUCGAAUGAUAAUCACACGACUUGGGGAAAAGGUCACUGAAGCACAGAUCAUAACUGGAGCAUGCAUAGGGGAUAAGGUAUGCAUCCCUCAGAUCAUCAUGACACAAUAUGAACCCAGGUGGCCGUUCAUGCUAAAAAGAAAGCAAUUCCCUUUCUCUGUGUGCUUCGCAAUGACAAUCAACAAAAGCCAAGGGCAAUCUCUGGAAAAGGUCGGGCUCUAUUUACCGAGACAGGUUUUCACCCAUGGGCAGCUCUAUGUAGCAGUUUCCAGAGUCACAAAGAGGGAUGGGCUGAAGAUCCUCAUCACCGAUGAAGAGUGCCCUGGUGAAGGGAUGGUGAGAAACAUCGUCUACAAGGAGAUCUUCUAA